AUGACCCAGAUGAGGAUCUGGAUCUCGGCUUGCCCUCGUGACGUCAAUACGAUAUACUCUCUGCUGGCGUGUCACGAACUGAUUGCCGCUUUUUUUCUCCCCUCACCGCGGCACCUCGACAAAGACUUAAGAGGGGCGGGAGAUCAAGCCCUAUACGGGGCAGCAGUGGUGUUGACGGCCGCGCCGAACGUAUCGCCGUGGUCGGCGUUGACCGUUCCGUCGUCCAAGGACAGCGAAGCGCUCGCUUGUGGUCCAACUCCGAAUCGGGAAAGGAAAGAAGUUGAUCAAGGGUUCGUCGGAGGCAAGGAACUUGAAUCCGAUGGGAUCGCCGUGCCUGAGGCCGACUUAGAGUUGGACGGAACCACGAACGUCCCGCAACGACCCGAUUCCGGAUGUCAUGAAAUCGACCAAGAGGAAUGUGUGGAAGCGCGCCCAGGACAGGAGGAUAGCCCCCCUUCGCCCCUCGAGGAAGGAGGAGAGGGUUGCAACGGCAUCGGACGAAGCAGUGCCGGGCUGGUUGCUGGAGGAUUGGAUCCUCAACUGCCGAAUCAGCAGCAGAGUCCUACAAAAAAUGACGAGGAACCUUUCGCUCAACAAGCCGACGACUUGGAGAGAGGCGGAGGAGGAGGAGAAGCAGGGUCUGUUAACCAACCACACAUCCAAGAUGCUCGUCGCCACCAGGACGAAUCAGCGCAAGAGGGGUCCGACCCGACCGACUGCCUGGUGAAUCAGCACUGCGGCAAGGGAGCGGCGGAAGACGCUACCGACGCUGCUCAUCAAGAGGUUGAAUCGGUAGGCAAGCAGACGGACACCAUCUCUUCGACCUCCACGAUAGUUCAUGAACUUGAUCGCCGCGGUUCCAGAGAAGAGAAGGGGCCGCGCUUUGCCUUUAAGCAAGACGAAGGGAAUGUGAACAGGGGGGAUACGAGGUGCAGCAAAACGUCAGCCCUUCCUCCCCCCACGGCGACACCGAAGCUUCAACGGCAUCCGCAAGCUGGAAAGUAUGUGGCUCCCCCGACUGGUAGCAGCCCACUAUUUCGCGAUCCGGCGACAGGGCUGGACCGGUCUCAGCAAGACUCCAAGGGAGGUUCAACCAGAAAUACCGCGCGCUACGCUACUCUGACUAGCACUGACAGGGGAGUAGACAGAAGUCGAGGAUGUUAUGGAAACUACGACGGUGGCCAUUCGGGUAGAAUAAAUCAGAGGUCUUGCGAACGUACGGCCCGGACCUCGAAAGGUUUCGAAUCGGGUACCAAGAAGAAAGUGGCCGAGGCACGAAGGGGCACCAAACGCCGAAGUACCGCCGACGUUACUCUCGAGCAGGUCAUCGACCACCACAUGGCGCGCCGCCGUUUGGAUGGUGCAGCAAACGGUCCUGAUGGGUCCCGAGCGGGACCCCACUCAAGUAUCGGGAACGCCUCCUCCCAUAGUACGGGAGCAGGUGCCGAUUGUCUCCGAGGCGAGAACCUACGUUCGAACGGGAAGCGGCCGUCGCCGUGCUCUGUUUCGGACGGUGCCAACCUUGUGGUGGCCGCCUGGUCAAGCGGGUGCAUCUUACCCCUCACGGAAGCAGCAGCGCCUCACAUGCGCCUGGUCGCGCCUCUGUUGGCCGGCGAACCCGAAGGGCGACGAGUCGUCCUUCGUACGGCUGCUGCCGUCGCCACGGGUGCCGCGAAAUUGGCGCUGCCUCACCACCGCGUGGAGGUGACGGGAGUGUGGCAAGAUGGAAUAUUGUUAGAACUCUGCCCGGCUCCACUCGUCGAAAGAGAGGAGGGAGAAGCUCCGGCGCCAUUGUCAGCACUUGCCGGUCGUCUACAGGCUGCUUUUAAUGAGAUAGUGGCGGUUGAUCUCGAGAUCGACACGGUGCGGCUUUGCCACAGGGAGGCUUUGGAGAAGAUGGACACCGGCUCGUCUUCGGAGGAGCUCCUCAAAUGGUGCAAUGAAGGCACAACGGACCUGAUGCGUUUCGCCCCGAUGCCAUUUGCAUCUCACACAGUCGACCAAGUACCCGGGAGCGGUGGCGAUUCUCUUGACCUGGUUGAGUUGAGGAAGGCGCUCGCGCGCCCGGACGGGUCGCCGUUCAUUGGUAUCAAACACGGGCAAUGGACUUUGUUGCCCAGGACAGGUUUACUGGGGUGCUUCAGCGUGAGCAUUCACCCCGUGGUGCUCCCUCUGCCGAGGUCGACAAGCGGAGAAGGGUACGCCCAUCAAGAACCUGCCGAUUACCUCGCCUUGAGCUUCUCCGACUCGGCCGUAUUCAACACCAGCGGCUUGCCAGGUGUUCUUCGUGGCGACGGUUAUCAGUCCAUCGGAUCUAGCGGCGGAUACACAGGUACCAAGUCACAAGGAUCAGCACGCAACGCCAUCGGGUCCGACGCGGCCAUCGCCGAUCUUCCACGGCACAAUGGUAGUGCUCGACUCGAGUGCGUGUCGCCCACGUGUACUGCAGACAUUUCGAAAUGGAAGGAUAUCACCGGUUUGAGGUGCGUAGCGGCGGUGAACAGGCUAGCCCUCGGCUCGCCAACGGACCUCGAGCGCAAGCUACUUCUAGCCGAAGGCCUGCACACAGACCAGCUGGGAGCGCUCGCCAAGACGAUCAUCCUUUCCAAUGCCCAGUUGGUGAUCCUUGCGGGGCGUCAAGGAGCGUCAGCGGACGUGGUCGCCUCGCGCCUCUGUGUCGAGCUCACGAUCAAGGGCAAGAGUCCGGCAGUGGUUAACACCCAGAACUACCGUCGUCAGGAGGCACCAGAGGCUCGCGCUGAAGCAUACAUGGGUCAGAGUCAACCCCACGCCAGUUCCUCAGCAUCUGUGUCGAACCAGCAACUAGACUUGGCAGCGUUGGGCAGGGUUGUGGCUGCCCUUCUCGGGCAGGAUCAAGACGGGGGUGGUUUUUCCAGUGGGAAUAACAGCGGUGGUCUGGCAGUAUCGGACGGAAACGCUGUUGCGGGGGCUAGGGCGACCUCGCGGGGGUGGCACGACAUUGUGGUCGUUCAUGGCUGCAGUGCGUUAGAUGCUGACCUUCUAUCAAUGGAGGAUAUCGAUCUCCGCCCGGCGAAAGCUAUCAAGGUUUUUGUCGACGUAGUUCCUCAGGUCUGUGUUGACAACGUGACCCCCGUCAACGGUGCCGACGUUCGGAUGUUAAGAGCCCUCCUCGCCGCACGGGGAAGGCUUGCAAAGACGGCGCAGGCAGAGGUUUUGGCCAAAGCCAGCAACGGUCGGAGUAUCGUCAAACGCUCAAACUUCGUGGCUCGCUUUCUCGAAAAAUGGCAUGUGGCCGAACAAAGAGAACAGGGCUUUUGGCGGACUUUCCAGGCAGCCGCGGAUGUUCAGAUAAACACAGCGCUCCCUUACGACCUGAACGCGCUUAAGCCACUGGUGGAGCCCCUUCUACGGUCUGUGCCUCCCCCGACUGAAGGCAGCGAUGGCGGCGACGGAUGCCGUAGCUCAGCCUACGCCCUGUCGCGUUCGGUGCUACACAUGCUUCAGCUAUGUGAGGCUCUGCACGCUCAGUUGCCGGGGACAUCUGUUCUCCGCGAACUGAUCCGCCCCCGGCCCUCAUAGUGAUAUGAGUCGUGAUCCGGCGUCGAUCACGAAGGGUAGCUAUUUAAGCGGCUGAAAAAGGACCUGGUCGUCCCCCCCAUGGAUGGCGCAAUAUCUGGGGCUUGCUUGUGAUCAAGGCGGCGAUUUAUCAGCGGACGCACGACAAAGUAGUGAGCGCGGCGGGGUGACUCCAUGCAGUCUCCGAGACGAACUCAAAACGGCAGGACAGCAAAGCAAACGGGGAUCAAUGUUUAUUCUGGCGACGGGUGCAUGCGUGGUGCAGAGGGAGAGGCUAUUGACAACACCACGCACGUGAUAAUUCAGCUGGAGCGAUCGAACAAGAGGAAAAGUUCACGAAUCGCCGUUGAGGAUACCCGCCAUGUUUUGGCACCGAGUGCUUGGUGGGAACUUAUGUAUGAAUUCAGUCGAGGACUUCAAGAACAUGGUUGGUUCCGCCACAGAAGCGAAGAAUGAGACGGAGGGGGGCUUCGCCGAUAUAUGAAGCCGAAGGCCCGCCUGUUUUAAUCCUGCGCAAGUUCACGAUGUGCUUCCGCGCAUCAGCUUGUGGACCAUGUCUACUUUGCUGCCGCAGCAUGCCAUCACAGCAAAUGACUACUUUGGGGCGAGAGACAACUAUCUGAACCGAUCGGCUUCGGCUCUACGAACAACUUAUACACAAUAUAGAAAGAGCCAGUUACGAUACGCUCAUGCCGUGUGGCCAACAUGUGCUAAAGAACCCGGCCAAGUCUGACGGACACGCGCUCUUCAUGGUAUCAUCGACCUCCGAAACGGCUGGCUCUGUGUGCUGGGUAUCAUUGCAGGGGUCAAUGUGGCCCUUUGUUGCUCGUGCGGUCUGCGGUAUGGCUACAUACAUAUAUGACCCACAGUGGAAUAAUCUGGCGCACCGCCGCAGACGAUUCGCCCGAUCGACACUUCCUGUUGCUUUUCCACCCACCGGCCCUCCAUUCGAAUUGUCCAGAGGUACAGCGCCAGGACAGCAGGUCAGCUGACUGUCCCACAAACAUAAAACACCGACUCCUUCAUUACGUCUCAGCUACAGCAAACCCCGGCGUCGCACGCAGCGUCAGGAACAUGAACUCUUCACCGGGUGUGGAAAUACAAGGAAAAGGACGAACUUCUAAGCAAGGGUGCCCCGCGGGCUGUAGCUUGUAGGUGGUGGUGGAGGCACUUUUGCUGUCAAGAACCGUGCCAACGCCUCUUCCCCCCCGAACGCCGACCUCAAGCCUUCCUCUGUCGCUAGCGGUUGGUGAUACAGACGCCGAAAUACGGACGUCUCCCGCUUCGUU